AAGCGGCGCGGGUGUGCGUAGGAAACACCAUGAAGAUUAUUCCCGCGGUUCUAAGGCACCCGGUCUUCAGAGGCACCCUUCGGCUCCUGUUUUGCUUACUGUGGAUUAGAUGCUCCCAAGGAACCACGCAUGUGUUGAGAUUCGGGGGCAUUUUUGAAUGUGUGGAAUCUGGCCCAACGGGAGCAAUGGGAGCAGAGGAAUUAGCCUUCAGAUUUGCUGUGAACACAAUAAAUAGAAACAGAACUCUGUUGCCAAACACUACGUUAACGUAUGACACACAGAAGAUAAACCUCUAUGACAGUUUCGAAGCAUCCAAAAAAGCUUGCGAUCAGCUCUCUCUUGGAGUAGCAGCUAUCUUUGGGCCUUCCCAUAGCUCUUCAGCUAAUGCAGUGCAAUCUAUCUGCAAUGCCUUGGGGGUCCCACAUAUACAGACUCGCUGGAAGCAUCAGGUUUCAGACAACAAAGACUCUUUCUAUGUCAGUCUUUAUCCAGAUUUCUCUUCACUCAGCCGCGCCAUCCUUGACCUUGUCCAGUUCUUCAAGUGGAAAACUGUCACUGUUGUUUAUGAUGACAGCACAGGUCUCAUUCGAUUACAAGAGCUUAUUAAAGCUCCAUCACGGUACAACCUGCGUCUAAAAAUCCGCCAGUUACCAGCUGACACAAAGGAUGCAAAGCCCUUGCUCAAGGAGAUGAAAAGAGGCAAGGAAUUCCAUGUCAUCUUUGACUGCAGUCAUGAAAUGGCCGCAGGCAUUUUAAAACAGGCUUUAGCAAUGGGAAUGAUGACAGAAUACUAUCAUUACAUCUUUACCACAUUGGACCUUUUUGCUCUUGAUGUAGAGCCUUAUCGAUACAGUGGCGUGAACAUGACUGGAUUUAGAAUUUUAAACAUAGAAAAUAGCCAGGUGGCAUCAAUCAUUGAAAAGUGGUCCAUGGAAAGAUUGCAGGCACCUCCGAAACCCGAUUCAGGUUUGCUGGAUGGAUUUAUGACGACGGAUGCUGCUUUAAUGUAUGAUGCCGUUCAUGUGGUGUCGGUGGCUGUCCAGCAGUUCCCACAAAUGACUGUCAGUUCAUUACAGUGUAAUCGGCACAAGCCUUGGCGCUUUGGGACCCGCUUUAUGAAUCUCAUUAAAGAGGCUCACUGGGAAGGCCUCACUGGCAGGAUAACGUUCAACAAAACCAAUGGCUUGAGAACAGAUUUUGAUUUAGAUGUGAUUAGCCUCAAGGAGGAAGGUCUUGAAAAGAUUGGAACUUGGGAUCCUGCAAGUGGUCUUAACAUGACUGAGAAUCAGAAAGGAAAACCAGCAAACAUCACCGAUUCCCUAUCGAAUCGCUCCCUCACUGUUACCACCAUCUUGGAAGAGCCAUAUGUGAUGUUCAAGAAGUCUGACAAACCUUUGUAUGGAAAUGAUAGAUUUGAAGGAUAUUGCAUUGACCUCCUCAGGGAAUUAUCAACCUUCCUAGGAUUUACUUAUGAAAUUAGACUGGUGGAAGAUGGGAAAUACGGAGCUCGGGAUGAUGCCAGCGGACAGUGGAAUGGCAUGGUUCGUGAACUGAUUGAUCAUAAAGCUGACCUUGCAGUUGCGCCAUUGGCUAUUACGUAUGUUCGAGAGACGGUCAUCGACUUUUCCAAGCCCUUUAUGACUCUCGGAAUAAGUAUUUUGUACCGCAAGCCCAAUGGUACAAACCCGGGCGUCUUCUCCUUCCUGAAUCCUCUGUCCCCUGAUAUCUGGAUGUAUAUUCUGCUGGCUUACUUGGGUGUCAGUUGUGUGCUCUUUGUCAUAGCCAGGUUUAGUCCCUAUGAGUGGUAUAAUCCACACCCUUGCAACCCCGACUCAGACGUGGUGGAAAACAAUUUUACCUUGCUAAAUAGUUUCUGGUUUGGAGUUGGAGCUCUCAUGCAGCAAGGUUCCGAGCUCAUGCCCAAAGCCCUCUCCACCAGGAUAGUGGGAGGCAUUUGGUGGUUUUUCACACUUAUCAUCAUUUCCUCGUACACUGCUAAUCUAGCCGCCUUUCUGACAGUGGAGCGCAUGGAGUCCCCCAUUGAUUCUGCGGAUGAUUUGGCGAAGCAAACAAAGAUAGAAUAUGGAGCAGUUGAAGAUGGCGCAACAAUGACUUUUUUCAAGAAAUCAAAAAUCGCCACGUACGAAAAAAUGUGGGCCUUUAUGAAUAGCAGGAGGCAGUCGGUGCUUGUCAAAAGUAAUGAAGAAGGUAUCCAGCGUGUCCUCACCUCUGAUUAUUCUUUCCUAAUGGAGUCAACUACCAUUGAGUUCGUAACACAGCGGAACUGCAACCUGACUCAGAUUGGCAGCCUGAUAGACUCAAAAGGUUAUGGUGUCGGAACUCCUAUGGGGUCUCCAUAUAGAGACAAGAUAACUAUAGCAAUUCUUCACUUGCAAGAGGAAGGCAAGUUGCACAUGAUGAAGGAGAAAUGGUGGCGUGGCAAUGGUUGUCCAGAGGAAGAAAGCAAAGAUGCCAGUGCCCUGGGAGUACAAAAUAUUGGGGGCAUCUUCAUAGUUCUGGCAGCAGGAUUGGUACUUUCCGUCUUUGUGGCAGUAGGAGAAUUUUUGUACAAAUCCAAAAAAAAUGCUCAGUUGGAAAAGUGGCCUCACAUACAUGUUGAAAGGAGGGAUGACAGAAUGAAACCUUGUGGAAUCCCGCAUGAAAGAGAGCCCACGGGGCAGAUGAGCAAUUGCCCAAUAUCAUCCUCUGAGAUCUCUUUGAGAGGGAAGAAUGGAACCACACAAGUGCAGUCCCACCAUCCCCAACCUAGACCCACAGAGGUCCUUCUGUAGUGCCAUGGUAGAGGAGCUGAGGAUGUCUCUGAAAUGUCAGCGUCGGUUAAAACACAAGCCACAAGCUCCUGUUAUUGUGAAAACAGAAGAAGUUAUCAACAUGCACACAUUUAAUGACAGAAGGUUGCCAGG